ACACAAAAAGCUUUACUACAGUCAGAGAGGAGCGGCGGAUGACAACAGACUCCUCUGCUGUCCAUCCAGAGCAGAGGCUCCCAGCGGCUUUAUGGGGUUCAGCUUCUGCAGGAAACAAAAAGAUGCUCUUUGGAAGAAAAGGCAACUUUCUCUGUUUCUGUUUUUAAAGUGGAGGUGGAUCUCUGUGUGUGCGCGACUGUGAGGAGGUGGGGAAGAAAAAAACAAAACAAAACAAAACAAAAAAAACAGUAAACCGGCGAGUGAGUCCAACAAAGUUGCUUCGUGACACGAAAGAAAAAAAAGGAGGUUUUUCACAUAUCGCAUCUGCUCCGUUUGAUUAAAGACCCUGAGAGACGAGUUUCCUGGCUUCAGAUCUUCUGUUGCUUCUCGGAUGCAGAGAAAACCCUGAGCUGUUCGGCAGGCAUCCCUGGAGCUUCAGGGGACAUUGGCAGAUGUGUACCCAGCACACAAAGCCCCUGGCCUGGCCGUGGGGAUGGCAGCCUCUGCCUUGAACCUGAACGGCCUUGGAGUCAUGAACAGCAGUAAUCAGUUUCACUCCCAGCCAGGGUCCUCUAACGCCGCCUCUAGAACAAACGCCGCCCCAGUCGGACGACCUGUGCUGCCGGUUCCCGAUCGGAGCACCUACUGCCCAUUACUGGGUGGAAGCCUCUACAGCCCAACGAGCCCUAAGACAAGCCCCCGAUCAUUUGGCCAAGCCUUCGUCUUUCCCCCCCCCUCCAAAUUGCUCUCCCCCUGCGACACAGCUCGCCCACGCUCUCCCUCGCCGCGAAGCCCGGAGCGCCUGGGAGUCUACGUCGGCCAGCGCAUCCGACGCCUGAGCGGGGAAGACAGAGGGGACGGAGACCCGCCCGAGGAGACGGGAGGAGGGACAAGAGGAGACGAGAGGAAGCGACAGGAACAUCUGCUUCGGAUUCACAGAGAGCUGCAAAACGUUGAGGUCAGAGGAAAGGUGGGCAUAUUCGAGGCCCACAUUUCUGGGAUCCGGGCCCAGGUCCUUAAUAGUGAACUCCAGCGCAGCCCUCGACCGACCCGACGAGCGACUAGCCAAACCCCUUUGUCUCCCAGCAAAGGAAACGCGGUUCUUGAAAAUCCAAUGACCCACCCACAAGUGAAUAAAGUACCUUCUGUUACACAAAAUGGCAGAGAGGUGGAGGAAGGAAUGACUGAAAGAAUAAGGAAGGAAGGGGGAACGGACGCGGGCGAUAAGGACAGCAGCUCUACAAAGUCAGACGCAGAGAACAAGACACCGAUUGAUCAAAAUGACUGCCUGUCGGAAUCAACUGUUCAAAAUCCCUACGUGGAAAAACGGAUUAUUCAUGGUUCACCUGAAGCCUCAGAAAAACACUCAGCUACAGAUGAGCAGAAUAAAGAAAAACUGAAAGAAAAGGAGGAAGAGAAGGAUGUAGAAAACAUAGAAAAGGAGACAGAACGGACAAACAGAGAUGAUCAGUGGCAAUCUAAUGUGCUGAUUCAGACUGAAGGAAAAAUGUUGAAUGAUUUCACUGAAACCACUGCUUUACCUCAAACACAAAACAGUAACAACGUGAAGCUGAGCUUGCUGGAAACACCCUCCAUCCCUGCUGUCAUAGUCACUGAUCACGGUUUGGAGGGUCUGUCUCAAACUACUGAAGGCUCAGGCUCAGAACGGGGACUGUCCCGAUCGCCGAGCCCCAGUUCCAGCCCUGUUCCAUAUUCCUCCACUCGCGCCCUCAGGAAGCUGUCCUCUUCCUCUGCCUCCUCAGCUGGUUUCUCCUCAUCUUGGGAGGAGUCAGAGGAUGAUGUUUCCAGUGAUACGGAGAAGGGAGAAAAUCUUCUCAACCCUGCACAUCUCAGUUCUCAGCAGAGAGCGCACAAGUCAUGGAAGAAGAUAAAGAACAUGGUCCACUGGUCUCCAUUUGUUAUGUCCUUCAAGAAGAAGUAUCCCUGGAUCCAACUGGCUGGACAUGCAGGGAGCUUUAAGGCAGGCGCGAAUGGACGUAUAUUAAAGAAACACUGUGAAUGCGAGCAGCGCUGCUUGUCCCGGCUGAUGGAAGAUGUGUUGCGACCGUAUGUUCCUGGUUAUCAUGGAGACGUGGAGAAGGAUGGCCAGAAGUAUAACCAGAUGGAGGAUCUGCUGGCUGAGUUUGACUAUCCUUGUGUAAUGGACUGUAAGAUGGGAGUGAGGACCUACCUCGAGGAGGAGCUAACUAAGGCUCGUAGAAAGCCAGCUCCGAGGCCCGACAUGUAUCAGAAAAUGGUCGAGGUCGACCCAGGGGCACCAACAUUGGAGGAGAACGACAAUAAGGCAGUGACCAAGCCCAGAUACAUGCAGUGGAGAGAGACCAUUAGCUCAACGGCCACCCUGGGGUUCAGGAUAGAGGGAGUCAAGAAAGAAGAUGGAUCUGUGAACAGAGAUUUUAAGAAGACCAAGACAAGGGAGCAGGUGGUUGCAGCUUUCCAUGACUUUGUAAAAGGCGAUAAGGAGAUACUGAACAAAUAUCUAACAAGGUUAAAGGAAAUCCGAGGCACUUUGGAGAUCUCUCCUUUCUUCAAAUCUCAUGAGGUAAUCGGCAGCUCGCUCUUAUUCGUUCACGACAGCAAGAAACAAGCCAAAGUUUGGAUGAUCGACUUUGGGAAGACCACACCCCUCCCUGAGGGGGAGGAACUAACCCACCGAGCCUCAUGGAUAGAGGGGAACAGGGAGGACGGCUACCUUUUUGGACUCGACAGUUUGGUGGACAUCUUUUCCUCCAUGGUGAACUCUGAGACUUGAAGGUUUUUGUUUCUAAACCAAGUUAACUUUUGGACUCACCACCAUCAACGCUUCCAUUCAUACUCCUUCCUCUGGGAGACGCCGACGCUCGAACUCAGAUGCAAAUCACAUCAUCCGACCCCCUCUUAGUUCCCUACAAGUGGAACCAGUUACAGCAACAAGGCCUCAGUUCCUCAUAACUGUGCUAAACCAGAGUUUUUUUUUUAAUGCUGUGGUUUAAACAUUUGAAAAAAGGUCAAUCUUAUGUAACCUUAUUCUGACAGCCUAAACUUUCACUAAAUAAGAUGUCCUAUAAAAAGCAAACAUUAUGGACUCUCUUACCUUAUGCAAAGAAACCUGUACUUUUAUAUUAGAAAUAAAUCCUCACCAAAGGCCUAAAAUAAUUUAAUAACUUAAUAAAAAGCUUAAUAUUAUAUGAUAUUAUUACUUUAAGGCGUAAUUCAUAAUAGUAAACAUAAUGCAGUGCUUUGCAAUUGUAUUCAUAUCCCUUAACCUGUUCAUUUUCUUUUGUUGCACAAUGAAUCUGUGUGAUUUUAUCUGGAUUU